AUGUGCAUAAUAUACCCGCAUCUAUCCAUAUAUGGCCAGCCACAUUGCGAGACCGUGCUCGGCCAGAAACACAGGAACCGCUAUUGUCGCGAAGCCCUGGAUGCCCGACGACUAGGGCAUUGUAGCACCGGUGUCCAGGUGGCCGAGGAGAUCCGCAAUCGCGAGACCGCGAAAUGCGCCGAAUGCAAGUCGUCAUCGCAUCUCCAGGAUCGACCGGAAAAGCACAAUCAUGGCCUUUCCAGCACCGAAGCCCCCGUCAGCACGACCCGGAACAAGAGGAAGGCAAAGAAAGUGCUAGAGCAUGCGUUCGAGAAGCCCCUUGAGAUGAAGCGAUCACGGAAUAUUGUCAAGCAGGAUGAGGUGGAAGAUCCUUCCGAGGACAUUAGUUUCGCUGUUCAGAGUCCGCCGAAAAAGUCAAGGGCGGGAAAACCCCAAGAGUUGGGUGUUAUGCUUGGACUCGGUCUUCGGCAACCACGUCAAUUCAGCAGACCUAGUAUUGACUCCUUGAUGGAAGGACAGACUGCAACACAGUCUAUCCUGCAUCCUUACUGGCUUUGA